UAAAUUUGGAAUUUAUAUAAAAUAUUUUGUUAACUGAUUUACCAAAAUUGACAAAAAGUAGAAUUUUUUAUGUCACAUAAGUUGUGAAAAAUUGUCUAUUGUGUAAUAUGUUUUAAUUGCAAUAAUUUUUAGUUAAACAAUUUUCAAAAAGCAUAGAAAUUUAGUAUAAAUUAUGAUAUGCAAAAACCAUUCUGAUUAUUAAAUCUACAUUAUUAAAGUUAUACUUUACUAGAAAACUAAAAUUUUUAUUUAUACUCUUUGCUAUAUAUACAAUAUCUUUAAAGUUGUUGUAAUUAUUAACAACAUUAUUAUACAUUACGUUUAGAGACAUGAAAUUAAAACUACUCAUUUAUCAAAUUGAAAGAAAAAUUUCAAUAUAACUAUACACAAUUCAUAAACUUCAUCAUUUCAUAUUAUAAUAAAAGAACAUCACGAAUAACGAUUUCAAUUCAUACAUUUGUCCCACAUAAAGUAAUCGCUUUUGCAAGUAACAAUAAUCGGCAACGCUUGCAUGAAUAUUUCCGUGUUCGUGCGUGGCUUGUUUACGACACACGCGAGAUGUGCCAUAACGUGCGCGAAAAGAUGCAUGCAAACGCAAUAAAAAAAGAAAGGGAGAGAUGUAUACUUGUGUGCGUGCGGUGAUACACUUGUUUGGGGGGGAGGGGAGUGGUUUCGCCCCAUUCGAGAUGGGACGGCGCGCAAUCUAUAUAAGAGUGGUCCAUGCCGGAUGUUUGACCCAGAACUUCGCGCGCAGUGAAAGUGUGCCCGGUGCAGAUACGUAUUCGCCGGAAACGAUGAUGGUGAACGCAUAAUACAAUUAGUCGAUAACGGACGAUCGUUGAUCAGUUCGCGUAUAAAUGAAUCGAUUGUUAUUACGCAUUAUCUCUGGCACUUGAUCUCCGAUUAAUUUUUCGUUCGACAUUUCGUUAUACAAGAAGACUAAUUAGCUUAAUUAAACUCUCAUCAAUUACAUGAGACGUUACAUGAUAAAUGACGAAGGAAAGACGUCGCGAGGAAUUCACGACUCAGCGACUCUCUCAUCAAAGCGUGUCGAAAUCGAUUUGAGCUGAUAUCUCAUUGGCAUGGCGUAGUUUUAUGUCAUUAGCGUUCUCGAAACUUUUUAAAUGCGUAAUGGUAUAUUUUCUGUACUUAUAUGCAUCAAGAACGCAGUUAAUUUUUUGCAUUGAAAAUAUGUGGCGAUCAUGUUUCUUAUAUUCAGAAAUUGUAAACGUUACUGCAGACUUCUGCAAUAAUUAGAUGUCUGUUUGAAGAGGGACGCAUUCGUAUGAUCGAUAGUAAUUUUAACUUUCACCUUCAAUUGCAGAAAAUCUACUUAAUAUUGGGUCUGCUGGUAACGGCUGCGUGUGCCGAGAAGAAAAUUAAUUUAGAGGACAUAGAGAGGGAUAAUCUGAGGGCAGAGAACAUAGCUAAGACCGAGAACAUUCGGACUGAUGAAACGAAGUACGUCGUAAAACCCAACAUUUAUCAGCAACAGUAUCAGAUAUCAAGCCAGUAUAAUGGUUUAAACGCUCACUCAGAACCGUACGUCCCGGUCCAGCAACUACAAAACAUAAAAUAUAGCCAAGUGCCACCCGAAGCGUAUGUACAACACAAUCAAUACGCCGUACACGAGGUGCAAUAUAAGCAGCCGAAUCAAAUUUUGCCACAGCAGAAUCUUCCGCCGCUGCAAUAUUAUAGCGGAUAUCAACAGCAGGCGGAGAUACCCACCAAAAGUGUUGUUCCCAUCGCUUUUGAAUCACAACGAUUAAAUUAUCACCCGGAAGUGGUUGUAGGCAAUCAUAUCCAGAGUGUUCAGCAAAAGGCGGUCACGGAAAAAUAUGCAAAACCCAUCAAUAAAGAACCUGUUUACGUCGAUAUCCCGAUGACUCAGUUGCUUUCAUAUUAUCCCCAUCUGGAUAUUAAUUCCCUAAAGACCGUCGGAUUGGCGCAGUCUCCGGCUCAACAAAUUUCCGUACCCGUAUAUACUCCCGUGUACAGUCAGAAACAAUUGAUACCACCUGUAAAAACACCCUACCCCUCGGUCGUGCCAACACCAUUCACAACCAAAGUAACAAAAGGAUUGUCUCAAACACUUCCGCUCCCGUCGAAAAAGCUCGCCUCGGCUCCUCCUGUGCUGCCGACACCCUUAUAUAUCCAACCCCAACCCCAACCUCAACCCCAAUCGGUCACUCAAGGAAAAACGCUGUUGCACACGCAAGCCUACAUCGUGCCUAUGCAGCCGCAAUAUGUGCAGCAAUUAGUUUACACGCAGCCGGGCAUAGUUUACAGCGAUCCCACUGCCGCUUAUAGCAACCUUUACACUCGCAUACCAGCGUACAUUCAGGACAACUCUCUACACGGACAAUCGAAUCAGUACCAGGAGCAAUCAGUAGCAGUGAAUCAGUAUCAGACCCAGCAACAGAUAUACGUUACACCGACGAUCGGUCAGGAAGCACCGAAGGAAGUCCUGCAGGAACAGAUUGGCCAGGACUUUCCGCAGACUUACGUGAAGCAGGUGGCCGAGGAGCCGAAAAGUUACUUCGUGCCGCCGCAAUUGCCCGCUGAAAACUUUAAAUCCGCCGUCACGCAAUUGGAGCCCGUUCCCUCCGAGGAUGAGCAACCGUUGCCGUUGCAAGAUCACUCCUUGCCUUCGGCACCAAGAUCGCUGCUGGACUCAUACAUCCCAAGCAAGAUCAUCGCCGCGCAGGACAGCGCUAGGUAUAGGGAAAGGCCGAUAAAACUGGAGGGGGGGUUUCUCCCGUCGAAAGUGAAUUUCGCACUUAAAAAACGCAGGUCUGAGUGACGCGGCACGCCGUGUACGCCAUAACGAUUGACGAAUGUCACACCUAAGGGUCAGUAUCAGUUGGAGAAGUCGAUUACGAUUAAACAGUGCGAUCACGACGAACGAGGCACACGUGAACGACAUGAAGGAUGUGCCGCCCGGGAAAGAAAGAGAGAGAGAGAGAGAGCGGCGGCAUCAUCGCAUCUAGUCUCUCAUCGAAGAUUAUUGCGCACAUUUUUGUACUGUUUUCUUUUACACUUUUGUAGACGCCCUGCGGUAAAACGGCGUAUUUUGUUUACGAUUUUUCAAUAAAAUUUUGUAAUGAAAGA